CCUUCGCCCAGGAUCAUACUGUCAAACUGACGAGGAUACGACAACAUGCCUGACAUCUCCACUCUGAUCGCUCUCAGCGUUUCUCUCAUGCUUCACAAUGCACACUGUACCUGGAUCGUGAGUGAACCUCUCAACCACACACUCAAUGACGAUGGAUCAGUCAAUGUCACAUGCAUGAUUUUGGGAGUGAAACAUUACACAUCGGAUGCCAAGCUGAAAAUGAAUGACAAAUAUGUGUGUGAGGUUGCAGGCAAAGGUGAAGCUAGUGGACAAAACUGUUUAUGGCAUCAUAAAGACAACAAAUUCAUGUUUCAAUUGAAGAAUCCCAAAGACAUACACAAAUCUACAUUUUCCUGUGAGAUAUCAAGAGUUAAACCAAUUCCUGUCGAAACGAAGACAGGGCCACAAGCUAAGCUUUUCCAAGGUUGCAAUAAUGCCGUGGCACCUCUCAGCUGUCCAUGCUACAACAUAACGGUCCCCCCACCUGUACAAAGGCCUCAACUUGAAGACAUUUAUCCCCUUCUGAUCUUAGGUCUGACCAUAGUGCUGGUGAUGCUCUCUUUCUACAGCAUCAUUGUAACUGUGGCCUACAUCAGAUUAAGGGACCAGAAACUUGAGUCUGCUGACAAUCUGACCUACGUGCCAAUGCAGAGGAAUGUAAAACGGCGUGAUAUUGACAACACAGAAUACGUGGACAUGCGUGAAGUGCAGAAACGAGGAGGAUCCCACAAAGACAUGAACCACAACUCUCAUUUAAAUCAUUUCUAAGCCCGUCUCAAGAGUGAGAUCAUGCUUUAACUGCUCUUUAACUGUCCUUGCUGGAUUAAAUACAGUUAAGCUACACUAAACAAUAUCUCAAGACCAAAUUUUUGCCUUUUCGCCAGACAAAAGACUUUCUAAAUGCCUGAAUUCACUGUCGCCCUCAUAUUACAGUCAUGUUUUCUGUUGUAGAUGAGUUUUCAUCUGAAUUGUUGAUGCUGAAUUGUAGCUAUGCCCAGCUAAAGGGAAAAAAAAAACUCUAGCUUUGGGCAUAUUUUGUUAUUAAGUUUGAUCCGAUGGACAAUCAUAUUUUUUGUUUUUUUUUCAAUGCUAAUAUUUUGUUUGAAUACAUGUAUAACAUUUUUUGAAUCUGUUAUGAAGAUCAUUUGUAUCAUUCUUUAAUAUAUAAUAGACCAACUAUUAAAUGAUGAAUUACAUUUGUGUAAAUGUGUGUAUUGGUGAAUGACUUUGCUACAUGAUCUGUAUAUAGAAGGAGGGAAUGCAGCACUAACCAAUAAACUGUCAGGAUCCAGCCCUUACAGUCCUGUCACUCCUGUCUGUCUGUGUUUAAUGUCUCUUUGUUUGUUUUGUGUAUAAGCACAUGGUUGUCUCUUUUGUUGUGUUGGCCAUGUGCUCCCCUUGUCCCGCCUCCUUGUUUUCCUAUACCUCGCCCCCUUGUUUAGUCCUUGUUUGUCUAAUUAUGUUCACCUGUUCCUCGUGCUCUCUACUCCCUUCAUAAUGAGUUCAUUUUCCACUUGUCCUCGCCAGUUCGUCAUACUGUCUUUUGUGUGCUUGUCGCUAAAUCUUGUUUAGUGCCAGAU